AAACAGCUGCAUUGUGCCCAGGGUCCACAAGGACCUCUGCGGGACACACGUCUUUGUCAUGGAAUUCAUCCAGGGUGGCCCCAUCUUGGACCUUGGCAAGGCGGAGUUCUGCGAGAGAAACGGGGUGGACAAACACCGUGUCUUGACAGAGCUGCUCCAUGCCUUUGGCAUCAUGGCCUUUAAGGACGGCAUGUUCCACGCGGAUCCCCACGCGGGCAACGUGCGGCUGGUGCUGGAUCCCAAUGCGCCCGGCGGUGCGAAGCCGGUGCUGCUGGACUGGGGGCUGAUCCGGGAGAUCACGGAUGCAGAACGCUUGGGACUGGCCAAGGUGUUCCAUUCCUUAGCGAACUUUGACAUCGCGGGAUUGUUUGACGUCUUGGAGUCCCUGGGUUUCAGCCUAAGACAGGAGUUGUUAAACGACGACCUGAAGCGUGAUUUGAUCGAAAAGGCCCGCGGCGUUGUCAAGGACACCAUCAACCGCCACAAGACCCGCGAGAACGCGCGCGAGGAGCUGGCGGAGUUCAAGGCGCGCUUGAAUCGCGCCAAGGAGGACGCCGGAAUGGAAGGUUCGAUGUCUCCCAUCUAUUUCUUGGAGGAUUGGCCCCGAUGCAUCAUUUUCUUCAUGCGCAUGCUGCAGAUUUUGCGCGGCCUGUGCGUGGCCUGCGAUGCGGAAGGCAUGCCCUUGCUGAAGAUCUUCUCCAGCCAUGCCCGAGAGGCCUUACAGGAGGGAUCCAGGCGGCAAAUGCUCAGCAGCAGCCUGCGCAUCUUUGGUGGCCGCGGGGAUGGCAUUGGGCACGAGACGCCCUUUACCCCUAAGGCCAGAGUGAGUCGGGAUUCCACUUUGGAAUCCCAACUGCAGCAGAAACUGCAGGAGCUGCAGUCGCGGAAGCAGGUGGUGGGCGCUCAAGUGGUGGUGCUCCGCGAUAACAAAGUGAUCUGCAGCGUCGCGCAUGGCACGUUAUCCACCAUCGACGCCCGGCCGGUCCAGGAGCAGACCCGCUUUCCACUGCUCGGGGCGACCGCAGGGCUCGCGGGGCUGGCGCUCUUGCGCACGCUGCGCCGCAAAAGCGGCGAGCUGAUCAAGGCCGCGGAGGAUGCGAACAUGAAGCCUGAGAAUUUACUCAGAAAGAUGCUCGUGUCGUUCCCUGGCCAUUUCGGGCCAUUUCACCUGGCCGGUGGUGUCAAUCGAGGCAACUUUGGCCAAAGUUCGGGUUCCCGUUCCGCGCCAUGUCUGGCCAUGGGUCGCACCUACCGGGUCACCGGCGGUGCCUCCAAUGGCCUCCUGGUGCGGCAGCAGCGGGCCUUGAGCUCCACGGCCUGUGCGGAGCGCCUGAGGCAUGGCUCGGUGGUCCAGGAAUUGGAACUCACAGAGGGUAGAUUGCGAUACUCCUUGCUGUUCGGCGUUGGACCUGCUGAAGGUUGGGUCAGCAUCCACUGCAAGGGUCAAGCACUGCUGGUUGAGACGCAUCUAACCGACCUGGCCGAGGCGGCGGCACAGGCUCCGUGGGUCAACAGAGUGGAAUUGAUGGACGUGCUGAUGCAGGUAGCCGAGUCCUUGGACCGUGGUCCCAGAUUCCGCGCGAGCAAAGUCUUGGAGGGAACCAAUGUGCCGCACGUCAUUGAGGUCGAAGCGAUGCCUGGAAGUAUGUCGCUGGAUGAGUUUUGGCCCAGCAACUGUGAGUUAUCCUUCGCAGAGAUGCAGGAUUUAUAUUGGCGGAUUACUUGCAGCAGCUCAUGCGAUUCGUGUACCUUGGCUUUGGCCUUGACCUUGAAGGAGAUGGCCGACCAUGCCACGCUCCAGCACCAGGGCUGCCGGGUAGUGAAUUUGUUGGUUCUCAACACACUGCUGGAUAUCCGGGAUUUGGACGAGCUCAUCUUAGUGGAGAAACUGUCUGGAGCAAGGCUCCCAGUGCUGAACACGGCUGCCAGCUAUGAUGGCAAUGCAGCAUGGCGAGCUUUGGGUUUGGCCUCGCCCAAGGUAGAUCUCGGAGCACUGGGCCGUGCAGCCUUCGAAGCAGUGCCCCACUGGUGGCUGGCAGCGGUGCUGGAGAGCGAGGAUGGGCGAUGCAUGCUGCACCUGGAUAUGUGCAACUAUGCGUAUAGCUCCAAUCGUUUGGAGUCUGAACCAUCUUCCUUUCACUGCCACAGCUUUGUGACGCCGGGCUACGAGCUGACGCCAGACGCUUUCCCAAAGCUCCACCGCUUUCGACUGGGGCCCAAGGUGAAUGGCUUACCUCCCAGCUGUUUUUCGCUGAAGCCGCUGGCUGAGCUGCGCCAGUUGCGUUGUUCCUUUGGUCCGGUCUUUGCCACACCCUUGUGUACCUUCGCCGAAAACAAGUUGGGCUGCAACUUUGGUGAGCGCUUCGUGGUCUCUGACGACGAAUCCCUGGGGGCCUUGACAGUGCUGCACUCCGACUACUGCCGCGCUGCCCAGCGCAUCCGUCAACGGAUCUUCGGCCGCCUGCCGGCCCACACGGCCGCGCAGAUUUUGGAGAUCCCAGGUCGACCUGACUUGGGAGGAGCCUUGGUUUCCUUGUUGGAGGCGAUACCGAGGAUGAAAGAAUCGCUGCGUUCGCUGGGUGGGUUGUUGAGUGGAGAUUCAACGACCCCCAGAGGUGUCUCAGAGGUUUUCUCCGGCUGCAACCCUGACAUCACCUUGGCUGAAUUGCUGAGCCAUCGCGUGGGCCUUCAGGAUGCAUUCCCCCCAGACUUCAAGCAAAGUUCAUUGGAUGAUCUGAACGGAAUGGUCGCUCAUUUGGAGCAAGAUAUCCUGAAACCCACGGAGGAUUCUCACUAUGCUUAUCUUCUGCAGUCCUUCGUCCUCGCUAAGCUUGGGAGCUGCAUAGCUGAUCAGGACGACUUCCUCCAUUGGUUGGGCGCGGAGCUGGGCCCUUGCGGUCUGGACGUGGCCUUACCCGCGGGCAGGGGUCGAGAAGCCAGCGUAUGCCGAGAUUUGCCAGAUUUGGCGCGGGUGUCGCUCCAGGAGGUCAAGGCUGCUCGUUCCCGGCGAACGCAGAAGGCGUCCGAGGGCGAAGUCGAGGCUGACAGCUCGACUAGCUCGCGGGCCAAGGCUCGAGUCCCGCGGAAUCUCUUACAGGCCAUUGCUCAGGACCCGCUGGUGUUCGACCCUCUACAGGGCAAUGCCGGGGCUGGAGGUUUGUUUCGGGGUGGUCUCUCCAUGUGCGCCUCCGCGCGCGGCCUCGCCGAGCUCAUGGCGUCGGAGGAGUUGCAGAGCGACUUGGAAACCCUUCAUGCACUGACUUUGGAAGGCGUGGACAAAACGGCGCUGGGCUGGUUCUUGACCGGUGGAGCAACGCACUGGACAGCGGGGGGCUUGCAGGCCUUAGACCUUCGUGGCAUCGGCUCGCGUGCCUUGCGCGGCUAUCAGCAGACUGGCUAUGGGGUGGUGAGCGGCUUCGGCCCAGUCUUCGCCAGCUUUCCCAACCUGAACCUCACUGUGGCCGUGCUCGUCAACGACGUGAUCCAUGGCCGCAGGGCCUCCGAGGAGCUUCUCACCACGGUGCUGUCGAACUUUGGCGUGGUCCGGGGUCUCCAGUGGGGUUGGGUUGCCACCGGGGUGAGUUAA